AUGGCUACCGCUACUUUUUCACUUCUUACCGCUGAUAAGUUGACUGACGAAAAUUACGCUAGUUGGAAAAAUACGAUAAACACGAUACUUGUCAUCGAUGACUUACGGUUUGUCCUUAUCGAGGAGUGUCCUUCUAUUCCACCUCCCAACACUGCUCGAAACGUUCGAGAUGCGUACGAGCACUGGACACGAGUGAACGAAAAGGUCCGAGCAUACAUCUUGGCCAAUCUUAACGACGUUUUUGCCAAGAAGCAUGAGCCCAUGAUCAUCGCACGCGAGAUCAUAGUGUCAUUCAGGGGAAUGUUCGGACAACCGUCUGCACAGCUUAGGCACGACGCUUUGAAGUACAUCUUCAACUGA